AUGUCAGACGGAAUAAAAGGUAUGGCCAAUUGUUACAAUUCGAAUUCCGAUAUACAAAUGCAUGCAGUUGAACUUUCAUUGCCAUUCAUUCAACAAGCAACUGAUGUUCUCGAUCUUUCACCAUCGACACAACCAUUGAUCAUUGCUGAUUUUGGUUCAUCACAUGGUUUGAAUUCAAUGUAUGCUAUGAAAAAAAUCAUUGAAUAUAUUCAACAGUCGAAAAAUGAACAAUGCUCAUUUCUCAUCGUUCAUAAUGAUUUGCCAACAAAUGAUUGGAAAAUAGUUUUCGAUCUACUUAAUAAAGAUUGUAGUUAUUACGGUUUGGCAAAUGGUCGAUCAUUUUAUGAACAAUGUCUACCAUCGAAUUCACUGACAGUCGGUUACUCGUCAACAUCGAUUCAGUGGUUAUCCUGUAAACCAUGUAAUAUAUCGAAUCAUUGUAUUUCUUUAUUUAGUUCGAAUAAUGAAUAUAAUCAAUUUAAAGAACAAGCUCGUAUUGAUUAUUCGAACUUUUUGAAACAUCGUUCGAAUGAACUGAUUCGAGGUGGUGUAUUCAUCAUGUGUCUAUCUUGUGUAAAUGAACAAGGAUUACAUGGAGUUGAAAUUGCCCAUAAACUUUUAUAUAAAUGUGCAAAAUUAUUAUUACUUACAGAAGAAGAGUUAUACAAUUAUACAAUACCAUUAUAUUUUCGUAGCUAUUCUGAAUGUAUUGAUAAUGAUCUAUUCGAAAAAUUUUCAUUCAAAUUAAUCAAAGCGAAAAUAUAUGAAGUUAAAACAAAUAUAUUUCUACGAUUUCAACAAGAUGAAUUAACAUUAGAUGAAUUUGCAAAAGAUCGAACACAAUUUAUGCGUAGUUGGUCCGAACCGUCAUUGCGCGAAGUAUUGGAAAAGAAUGAACAUCGUUCAAGAGAUGAGAUCGAACAAUUGUUAGAUGAAUUUUGGAAUAUGUACGAACGAAAAGUAAAAAAAUAUUCGAAUCAAUUUGAUAUUUUUUUUUGUGAAACCUAUUUAAUAUUAAAAAAGAUUUGA